AUGCUAGCUGCAACAUUCUUAGGUGAUAUUGAAAAAUUAAAAUUUCUGGACAGAGAGGGAAAACGGCCUGAUAUCGCAGAUAAUCAUGGAUGGACCCCACUGCAUCAUUCUGUGGCAAAGGCCUAUGUUGAUUGUGUGAACUUUUUUCUUGCUCCAAAGUUUUCAGAGUAUAAUCUCACACAGUUAAAAACACAUGAAGGAGAAACCGCUCUUUUUAUAGCUUGUUCCGUUGCAAUUGAAAGUUUAGAUAUAGUGCACCUGCUACUCAAUGCAGAUCCAGAUUGUAUUGAUAUAUCAAAUAAUGAGUUAGAAACACCUUUGCACAACCUCUGCAACAAACAAAAACAUGUAUAUGUUGAAUUAUUAGUAAAUGCUGGAUCAGAUCUAGAUGUUCAAGAUUAUGCAGGAGAUACUCCAUUACAUAUUGCUGCUAUGAAUGCAGAUUAUAAAUGUCUUGAAAUUUUGUUAUUUGCUGGUGCUGAUGCAUCUUUAACAAAUGAUAGUAAAUAUACUCCUUUACAUCUUGCUAAGAUAUUAACAGACAGAGUAUAUAUGGUACAACCGCUUUAA